AUGAUCCCUGUGCGCGAAAAAGGCAGUCCUCUCCUCUCUCUUGUCCUGUCGUCUUCUGCGUCCUCGUCCGCCUCUCCGCACGCUUCGACUCGUGCCUCGUCCGAAACCGCCCCCCUGUCGAACACCCUCUUGCGCGCGCGGGCCCUCCCUCUGCGAGAUCCCCGCAGCGCCGUUCGUUUCUCUGGUCUCCAGUUUUUCUCGACAGUGCAGCGACAGAACGCCCCGACGGAACCGCGAAAAAGCGUGGAAGAAUCGCCACCGCAUGCUGCUCACACAACGAACAGAGAGUCGUGGCCUGUGCACCUCGAGGCGCUGCGAGAUGUGCUGGCCAAGGCGGAGUUUGUUGCUCUCGAUGUUGAGUUGACUGGUACAGCAGAGCCGCACAAGUGGAUUCUGACGCCUGCGAGUCUGUACUUGCUCCCGAGGGAAGGCCGUCUGUUUCAGGCGUCGACAGGCACACUGAUGUUUCUGCGAGAAAACGGAUUCGAUUUCAAUCAGUGGCUAGAUCAAGGCGUUCCGUUCCUUAGAGCACAGGAGGAGAAGGAGAAGCGCCAGGCCUUGCAGGUUCGCAUCGACGAUCUCGAGCAUCUGAUUAAACAUCGGUCGCGGGGGGCGACGAUGCGAGACGCUCAGGAAAGUUCUUCUUUGCUCGACACGACGAACGCAGAAGACAGGGACUUGGCGGCGUCGGCGAGAGCCUCGAUUCAGGCCUGGCUAGCCAGCAGCACGCGGGAACCUCUUCAUCUUCCUGUGGAGAGCCCGUUGCAGCGCCUGCUCCUUCAUUCUCUUGUAGCUUCCGAGUUUCCCUCCCUCUACUCGCUUUCUGUCAAACUGGGCGACCGACGCGUUCUCGCGAUUUACCAGUCCGAAGAAGAAGUUUACGAGGAGCAGCUUCGCGGCCUUCGAGAAGACAUUCAAAAAGUGGAAGAGUUACGGGGCGUCCGCCAGCUGUUAGACGAUAUCUCCGACCACAAACUCCUUGUCAUUGGCCAUAACUGCUUCUAUGACUUCCUUCAUAUCUUCCAAACCCUCUACGCUGAUCUCCCCCAGUCCGUUUCCGAAUUUAAGACGGCGUGGACCCAGCUCUUUCCAUCUACGUUCGACACGAAACUCAUUGCAGAGUCGCACGACGUUCUCGCUCCGCUCCAGCCACCUGCGACACUCCAAGGCCUGUGCAGCUUCAUGGGUGCGUUGGCGGCGGCCACGCAAGAGCCACUUUCGCAAGCAGAGCGCGGAGAGAGAGAAGGACGCGAAAACUCGGGACCACUCGGUGCACCGGAACGGCUGCAGUUUCAACUCGAACUUCUCCCAGGCACCAAGUGGACCGUGCCAUCAGCUGUACAGCCUCUCGCCGUCCCUCCGCUCUCUCUGUCUACGUCUCUCGCUCGCUUCUCUGCGUUUGAAGCGUCCGGCGCCUCUUCUUCGAGUUUGUCUCCUAUUCCCGACGGGGGAGCGGAAGACCACGCGUGCGACCGAACUGAGGUCGAGGGAGACGAGGCGGUGGGCCACCUCGAAGGCGAACCACGAGCAGCUGCGGAGACAGCGGAGGUACACGACUCAAGUGUCUCGAAAGGAAAUGAAGACGAUUUCUCUCACGACGCCGGAUACGAUAGCAUGAUGACGUCGAUCGUCUUUCUUCUUCAACUUGCUCACGUUCUUCCGCGGCAAGGACUAAAGUGGAAACACCUUCAGUUCAGAGCGGAUGGCGGCGGCCGAACGCUGAGGCGGCAAGGCCUGUUGGCGGGGCUGGGAGACCCGAGGAGGCUCUCAAGUGACGUGCGCAAGGAGAGUCGUCAUCCACCUGGAAUUCCGGAAAGAGACGGAGAAGGACAAGGCGAGAGGACCAGUGGCCAUGACAUGAGUGCCUCGGAAGAAAUUCAGACCAUGAUGGACGGCGCCAAACGCAAAAGCAUCACCGACCUCCUCCCACUCUUCAUCAAUCGGAUACGACUUUCGCGUUCCCAACCUUCAUCAAUUAAUCUGGGAGGCCAAGACGAGCAGCUGCAGCAGCAGAAGCGCUUGCUUCUGAUGCGAAAUCAUCCGCCUCACUGGAAGAAAUGGGAGAUCAUGAAGAUCUGGUCGCCGGUCUGGGUGGACGUACAGCCCGUGGACAGCUCGACAUCGUGGAUUGUUGUCCGGGAUGAAGAAGACUUGCAAAAUGUCACGGCCAUCUACGAGAUGCUUCGGGAUCCUGAAUUCGAGCUGCUGAACUACGACCAGUAUCGCGCCCUCCAACAACAACAGCAGCGGGCUUAA